UGUGGAAGCCCACGUGCUCACUUUUCGAAGCAUAUAAUCUAUCACCUCUUACUAGCCCACAACCUUCCCCUCCUUAUCAAAUAGUCACCACCUAGGCAUCAAUACUUACACUAUCUUAGCUGUUCAGAUAGCCGAGCCCGAGCCAGAUCCUACUAGUAUAGAAGAUUUACUUCCUAAAAGGCAAUACUCCGCCGGAGUUGCAAGACGCUUAAGCGGUCGUCCACCCAUGCCGGAACUCGGGUCUUCUAGGACCUCCAUCCUAACACAGACCAGUCUGGAGGCCUUGAGUAGCCAUACCAGUAGCCAAUCUCUUCAUAAUUCACAACCAGACGGUGCUCGGCCACAUUCUUCUCCCCAUCAUCAUCACCACCACCAAUUAGAUAGGUUUGUUGCCCAAGUUGCUGAUUGGUUGGAGCGUGAACGAGUCAAGAAGCAAAACAGACGAUCGAGGAAAGUCCAUUCGAGUAAACGGAAACCCACUAAGGAUGAUUCCGAUAAAACUGAUACCCAUCAACAACCCGAGAGGCAUAGGGCGUAUUCGAUCGACUCCCAGUCCAGUGACGUGUCGUUAGAUAGGUUGCAGAAGAUCAUCGAUGACGGCAUGGGUACCUUAGGUCUUCGCGGGAUUCCGCACUAUAGCCCAAAACUUGGGAAGAAAUCUCAACGGAGGCGGUCUAUUACUAUGCAACGAACGGCUUCGUCUGAUACGGAGUGGCAUGAUGGCGAUGUUUUGGUCCCGUCUUGUGAUGCGGUACUCGAUAAUUCCAAGACGUUGGGUUAUUCUGGGGGGAAGCCUUCGGUGGAGGACGGCACUUCGCUUUCGAGUAGGAAAGAGAAGGAACGCAGAGCGUGGAUUACGUUCAAGAACGAAAUUAUCAAGUUGGCGCAUACUCUAAGACUGAAGGGAUGGAGGCGUGUCCCAUUAGACAGCGGCGAGAGCAUGGAUGUGACACGCCUUAGCGGGGCUUUAACAAAUGCUGUUUACGUCGUAUCUCCACCGGAGGGGAUGGUAACUAGGGGGGAAGGAAACAAGAGAACGCCGGCUAAGUUACUCCUAAGAGUUUACGGCCCUCAAGCCGACCACAUUAUCGAUAGGGAGAACGAACUGAGUGUACUGAGACGGUUAGCCAGGAAGAGAAUUGGGCCUCGACUACUAGGGACAUUCACCAACGGUCGCUUCGAGCAAUACCUUAACGCAGUCACUCUUACGGCGGCCGACCUUAGGGAUCCAGAUACGUCGAAGCAGAUUGCGAAGAGAAUGAGGGAGCUUCACGACGGUAUCGAGCUGCUAGAUGAAGAAAGGGAUGAUGGACCUAAGGUGCUUAGGAACUGGGAUAACUGGCUUGAGAGAGCAACGCGAGUGGUCACAUACCUGGAUCAAAAAAUCCUUUCCGGCGACCCUGGUCCCAUCAGGAGUCCAGCAGAUACAUGGAAACAGCGAGGUCUCGUCUGCGGUGUCGAAUGGGGUACGUUUACGGAGCUUGUUAACAAGUACCGGAGAUUCCUGAACGAUCACUAUGGCGGUCCCAGUAUAUUAAGGGAGCAUCUCGUCUUCGCCCAUAGUGAUACUCAAUACGGAAACAUCCUCCGCGUAGUCCCCGACGACAAAAAAUCGCCCCUCCUCCAACCGAACUACGAGCACAAACAACUCGUAGUCAUAGACUUCGAGUACUCGGCUGCUAAUACCCGGGGUCUCGAAUUCGCAAACCACUUCACAGAGUGGUGCUACAAUUACCACAACGAAGACGCACCCUUCGCCUGCGACACGCGCGCCUACCCAACUCCCGACGAGCAACGCCGUUUUAUCCGCGCCUACGUAAACCACCGCCCCGAGUUCCCACACCCCGGCGCGUCGACUCCGAAUCUUACACCCCUAGCGACGCCUACGCAAGGACCAAGUACACCCGGCCUCGGAGCCACGAGUCUGGGAUCUACGAGCUCGAUCAAGGAGUUCAUGUUAGACUCGCGCGCGCCCCCCGGGGGGUGGAAGGAGGAGGAGAAACGACGUGAGGAACAGGCGGAAUCCCAGGUUGAGGCGCUUGUGGAGGAGGCGCGGAUUUGGAGGGUUGCGAAUAGUGCUUUUUGGAUUGCGUGGGGGGUGUUGCAGGCUAAGAUUCCUGGGUUUGAUGGGGAUGGAGAUGCAGAUGCGGUUGAUGGGAAUAAGGGUGAGGAAGAAGAGGCGGAGGCGGCGGAAGAGUUUGAUUACUUGGCUUAUGCUCAGGAUCGCGCGAUGUUCUUUUUGGGUGAUUGUGUCCUGCUGGGGUUGGUCAGGGUGGAGGAUUUGCCGGAGGGGAUUAGGGGGAAGUUGACGUUUGUGGAUUAUUGAGAUGUUCUCGUCGCUAGGUUGUGAUGAUGCUGCAGUUACUGGCGAGGGAACACGGGAGGGAGCAUGUGAGGAGAGGCAGAGAAGAGUGACGUAUCAUCGAAUAUUAACGUGGAAUCUACGUGUAUUAUGAGA